AUGGUUGUCUCCAUCCUCAAAAAGAUCGUCCACAAUGAGGCGAUGCAAACUGAUCCCCAUGAGAUCUAUUCAUGGAGGGUCCUCGCCCUCGCCUGCUCGGCCUGUUUCGGUGCCAUGUCCUUUGGCUGGGACAGUUCCGUCAUUGGCGGCGUUGUCGUCAUGGAACCUUUCCAGAAGGAUUACGGUCUGAUUGACGGCGUCACCAACAACGUUAAGGACGCCAACCUGGCAGCCAACAUCGUCUCGACCCUCCAGGCCGGAUGUUUCGUCGGUGCCAUCGCCGCUUCGCCCAUUACCGACAAGUGGGGCCGCAAGAAGGCUCUCCUCGGAACUUCUCUCAUCAUCUGCAUCGGUGUCAUCAUGCAGGCUGCUUCUCUCGGUCAUCUCGCCCCCAUCUUCGUCGGUCGAUUCAUUGCUGGUCUCGGUGUCGGUGCCGCCUCCUCUGUCAACCCGCUGUACAUUUCUGAGAACGCUCCCCGUUCCAUCCGUGGUCUCCUCACAGGUCUCUAUCAGCUCUUCAUCGUCACGGGCAUGAUGAUUGCCUUCUGGGUCAACUACGGCGCCGCCCUCCACGCCACUGGAAAGACCAUGUACAUCAUUCCUCUGACGCUCCAGGGUCUCCCCUCGCUUCUGCUCUUCAUCUGCAUGUUCUUCGCCCCCGAGUCUCCUCGAUGGUUGGCUCGCAUGGAUCGCUGGGAAGAGGCCAAGUCCACUCUAGCCAAGCUCCGUAACCUGCCCGAGACUCACUCGUACGUUCAGGAGGAGUUCCGUGAGAUCCAGGAGCAGCUUGAGCACGAGCGCAUCAUCUCCGGUGACGCCACCUUCGGCAACCUCAUGCGCGAGAUGUGGACCAUCAAGGGUAACCGUAACCGUGCCUUGAUCUCUGUUGUUCUUAUGAUCUGCCAGCAAAUGACCGGUACCAACGCCAUCAACACCUACGCUCCCGUCAUCUUCAAGAACCUCGGUCUCACAGGUACUACCGUCCCUCUCCUUGGUACCGGUAUCUACGGUAUCGUCAAGGUCAUUGCCUGCAUCGCCUUCCUGCUGUUCGCCGCCGACUCCCUUGGUCGCCGCAAGUCUCUCCUCUGGACCGCCAUUGCUCAGGGUCUUUGCAUGUUCUACAUUGGUCUCUACGUCCGCAUCUCGCCUCCCAAAGCGGGCGAGGACGUUCCCCCUCAGGGCUACAUGGCUCUGGUCGCCAUCUUCCUCUUCGCCGCCUUCUUCCAGUUCGGCUGGGGCCCUGCGUGCUGGAUCUACGUCUCUGAAAUUCCCUCUGCUCGUCUCCGUUCCAUGAACGUUGCCCUCGCCGCCGCCACCCAGUGGCUCUUCAACUUUGUUGUCGCCCGGAGUGUCCCUGUCAUGCUCGCCACUGUCGGCCGCGCCGGUUACGGCACAUACAUGAUCUUCGGAUCCUUCGCCUUCUCCAUGUUCGUCUUCGUCUGGUUCUUCGUCCCCGAGACCAAGGGUCUCUCUCUCGAGCGCAUGGACGAGCUCUUUGGCGUCACCGAGGUCGCUGCCAAGUCCAACGACAGCCUCAACGAGCACGAUAGCAAGAACGGCGCCGAGGUUCAGAUUGAUGAGCCGUACGCGCCCAGCCGCAACGACAAGGUCUAA